AUGGUGCGAGAAACACGCCAUCUGUGGGUCGGAAACCUACCGGAAAACAUACGGGAGGAAGAAAUUGUCAAGCAUUUUGCCCGGUAAGGUUUUAGCUUACCAGUUUUGGCGCGCUGUAUUCAAGCCAGGGAAUUUAUUCUUGUUAUUAUUUUUUUAAUGCAGCUUAAUUUUCCUCCUUUGUAAUAAGUUAAGGAAUUGUAACAGUGCUUUAUGGCGGAAACUUUAUUCUUAAUGACAGUUCACAUGUAAGAGAAAAAAACCGCUGCUCCGUUUUGGACUGGUUAAUACUCCUUGCCGAUGUUGCGUGAAGCUAUAAAAAAACGUUUCGUUUCGCUUUUUAGUUCAUGGUGAUUAGUCGCUGAAAUUGAACUUGCUCAUCAAAUUAAAUUUCUAAAUGCAUUUUAGGCAUCCUUACAAAGAGCGAGACGCCAUAGUAAAUUUUACCAUUCGACCGUCUGCGGCGGUGCUAAAAUCAAAAUUCACUUUACUCUAUCGUGGUACUUGUAAACUUUAGAUAUUUCUUAUCUCUUUGUGGUAAUUUAAAUCCACUAUCAAUAUUUUUAGAGCCAGAUGAAUUGUGAGAAAAUACUUUAUACCUGACAGAAAGCGUCUCGUUAAAUUUGUUCAAUUUGCAUGGAAGUGUGAUCACAAGUUGCCAUGUUUUUUUCUCGGAAGGUUUGUGUUACACGUCACCAACGACUUGCUUCGCUUUGUUUGCAGGUAUGGCCGCGUCGAGAGCGUCAAAAUUCUACCAAAACGCAGCGCUGAAGGUGGACGAGCCGCUUUUGUGGAUUUCGUUGACAUUCGCAGCGCAACGAAAGCGCAUGAAUCUGUUAAUAGAAUCGGCGAUCGUGAAAUGAGAACCGAUUACAAUGAACCAGGAAACCCUAGUAAUCUUUCACGGCUUCAUGCGGAUCCUCCCGCCCGUCCUACGAGUAAUUCAGCACCGGGAUCUCCUGUACAAAGACGGCGCUUUGAUAGAAGAACCGAAGGGUAAGUUAGAGAAUAAGUUCGUGAGCUUCUUAUUGCUAAUUUCAUAAGAAAGCGCAUUGCUUCGUGUUGCAGUCACGUGAGCUAGACACGCUAUCCGCCCAUCAAAUGGCAAAGUUGAGAGUUCACCUCUAAGUCUCUGCCUGUAAGUAUGUAUUUCACUCAAUAUUUGAUUGCGGCUUGCGGUUUGCGUAUCUCUUGAAAAGCAGAAAAACUUGGAGUGAGGGAUUUGCAAUAUUGAAUUGGGUGUGAAAAAAAUCCCAUCUGGCAAAAUGAAAGAACUUCAGUGGAAAGUCAUGUUGUCUUCAAUGGCUGGGAUUUCAUUUUACUUUUACGGUAUCGUUGUUGCCUUAAAAAUACUUGUGGCUUCUGUUGUUUGUCAAGAUGAAGAAGCUUUCGGAACAAGGUGUAAUAUGUGGAAAAUCGCUAGAAAUGGAUCCCCAAGUUGUGGCAACCAAGAGUAUUAGUGUUCCAACACCACAACAACAACAACUUGUUGCCAAACUGGUAAAUUUUAUAGGGAGAGGUUAAUGACUAAAAGUAACAAACAAAAGGGUGCAAGGAAGUAAAGUAAAGCUUUGUUUUAUUGUUGUUCUGGUUAAUGUUUUGUGAUCAAAAUUAAAAUGGAAUUCAGAUCAGCAUCCUUCACCAUUUUGUGUUAGUUUUAUCAGAGAUAGUUUCAUGAUAUUAGGUUAAGUUGGAGUAUUGAGAUUGUGUGGUCAGAAUUAUGGAUUUUCAAGAUGUGGCAACCAGUGGUGUUACAAUGGAUUUUUUGAAGCAAAAGAAGAGCAAGCUCAGUGUAAUUGAGGAGACCAUUUUGGAUCAUGGGAUUUUCAACAGUGCCUGUUAGGAUUGUGGACAGCUAUUUUUGUUUUUUCCCCUGGUAAAUAAAAGAAAAUCACACCAUGUGGACGACAUGCAAAAUUGGUGAACUGGAUUUCAGUCUUGUCAUUUGUGUGGUUGUCUGGCAGAGUUCAUGCCGUUUUGGAUUUAAGAUUGUCCCAAAUAAUCACAAGAACAUCAUCUAUGUGGAUGAGACAAGUUUUGGAUUGUGUGGUUUUCAAUAGUCUCAGUUCUGUUUUGGAUCAAAUCCUACAGUAUCAGAUCAAGAUUAUCCUAAACAACGCUGGAAUAAAAUCUGCUGUGAAGGAGAAGUGGUCGUGGAUUGUGUGGCUCUCAGUUCUGAAGAAGUGAGGAUGGAUUUUCUUGCUUUAAACAGAAGAUCGCUCCAAAGUGAUACAAGUAAUUUCUCUUGAAGGAUCAGAAAAACAGUUUCAGAGGAUUGUGUGGUGUGUUGCACCUCUUAUAUGGUUCAAGGAAAACGUGCGUGCCAGGUUUUUCACACUUUUACCUUCACUGGACACAGUUCUCUUCUGCAUAAGUCAAAAGUCGUGUGUAGCUGCUGUGAUUGUUUGCGUUCUUUUCAAUUCCACUUUUCUUUGAUGAAAAUAUUAGCUGCUGAUUUAUCCAUUAAUCUCAUCGCAAGACAGUAAGAAAUGGACAUCAAGUAUCUUAGAAGUAUUGGUCAUACCCAUUGCCUGAAACAACAUCUUGUGAUGCAGAAUUUUGCAAGAUUAUCUGGAGCAUUGAGAGUCUAUUGUCAGAGAUCAGAUUGAAAGCUUGACACUAAAUGGUCAGAAUAAAUUACAAGAUACUGAUGUGAAUGCUCUUUCCAUUGCAAACAAAAUUUGAAUACCAGUUUUGAAAACUUGACAAAACAUGUGGUUAUCAUCAAAAUUUUAGACAAGCUAUUUGUUUUUCCACCUCUGUUGCAAAGGCAUUUUUUUUGGAUUUAAACACCACCAAACCUUGUAUACUCUAUUCAAAUUUGAUCAUCAGCGACAUCAGAGGAAGACACACCUCAACUGUGUGAACACCAUCAAUCUUGUUUUGGAAUAUGAGAUGCCUUUGAAAAUUAAGUCUCUCAAGAGGAGUGUUGCUUCAACUUUGGCGUUACCCCAAAAAUUAUUGUGUGGAAUGUGUCAUGUAGGAGGUUUUCUUUGUAAGAACUUGAAUACAGAGCUUUUGAUGAAAAGUGUGUGGUCAUCUUGCUAUCUUGCUAGUGUUCUUUGUAAUCCAAGGAUGCGUUAAUUUAUUGUGAUCAGUGUGGAUGAUUUUAGUGUAGCAUAUACUUUGAUGGGGUCAUUUCAUGAAGUUGAUGUGUUGUUCUUAGGCAAGCCACAUGUGCUAGGGCUAUAAAAAACCAGGUUAGUACUGUAUGAAAAAUAAAAUAUGCUGAACCAGUUUGUGCCAUUUCUUUUGUAUCCUUCAGGGUUGAAAAUUUAGUUGUCUUAUGUUGGUAAAAGAACCCAAACAUUUACUAUUAGUUUACUUGUAAGGUUUCCAGAAGAGGUUUACUCUCAGAAACAAUUCAGUCCCUAAUGUUUUUUUGUUUUCUAAAUUCAAACCCUGCUCAACAGCAAGCUUAGCCUGUAAAAGCAGAUGUUUCUCAAAUCCUCACUCCCUCCUAGCCGAAAAGUAACUUCUCACCAGAAAAGAAACUUUUUGGCUAGAGAGAAGUGACAAGUAGAAAUACAUCUACAGUGAGCCUUCUUUUCUGGCAGUGUGUGUUUCAGUACCAUCAGCAGCACUUAUCACAGAGGAUAUGCAUCAUAUGGUCAUACAUGAUCAUAAUAGAGUACUGAAGUGAUGACAUCAUAAAAAUGAAAUUUCUGAAAUUAUGGGAUUUGUCAGGAUAUUCUGAAAGAACAAUGUCUAAGAUGCCUACUUGCCAAAAAUUAGCAAUUCGGGGGAAAAUUGUCUCUGAGAGGUUAGCCGGUUAUACUCACAAAACUCCAUGCAAACCCUUCCAAUUUUUUUUUGGGGUCGACCCAAAAAAAUUUAGAAGGGUUUGUAUGGAGUUUUCUAAGCAUAGCUGGGCUAGAUCUCAGAGACAAUUUGCCCCGAAAUGCUCAUUUUUGGCAAGUAGGCGUCUUGGACAUUGUUCUUUCAGAAUAUCCAGACAAAUUCCAUAAUUUCAGAAAUUUCAUUUUUAUGAUGUCACACUUUAGUACUCUAUUUCCAGUGAACAUCUGCUCUAAAAACUAAUUGAUCUUCUGGGAUGGAAUUGGGAAAAUGUAUGACAAUCUCAAGUCUGAGAAGACUAAUAUUGGGGUUAUAUGUUGUAUCCAACAGAAAUACGCAAGAUGGAAGAUACGGUGGUCGUUCACAAGCCUACUAUCAAGAUGGCUACAGUGAUGAAGAAGGUACAAGCGCUCGAAUGCCAAGCAGUAGUUCUGGUGGUGGUGGGAGUACUAACAGAGCAAGACCUCUUAGCAGUAGCAGUAGAGAUCGACGUCAGCAGCCUUAUAGCCAUGGACAAGAACCUCAUAGAAGCAGUCAUAAGCCAAGUAUGUGUUGAGUUAUUUUGUUUCAGGUCCUUCCAAACUGGCCAGUUGUGUAGGAGCUGCUCUCCUGAUUGGUCGCAGAAAACAUUGAUAUUUCAUUCUUUCAAUUGUUUCAGUAUUGUUUGGGGUCAGGAUUAGGCACCAUUGGUGACUUCUCUUCUGAACAGCUGUUGCAUGACCCUAACUGGCAUACUGCGUGCUGCUUAGAUCUGUCCUAAAACAGGAUGCUCCAGCCAGUAUCCUCCCAACUCUUCAAAACCUCUAAUUUCAUUGCCACCUAUAUGUUACAGUACUGUUUUGGGGGUGGGGGGGAGGUCCUUGUUUUGGGUGGGAGGGUGGGUAGGUCCAUUUUUUAGCUUCAAUUAUUCUUAACUAACUAAACAUGUCUAGUCUCCAGUAAAGGAAACUGGGCGAUCAAACAACGUUACUGUCCAUUGAAAGGACAUCUCACUACAUAUCAGGGUGCAGAGAAAGUCAGUUUUACAGCUUGCCAGUUGGGCAAGCUGCAGCUAACUUGUAGCGAGAGAGUCAUUUUGAUUAGCCUGAAAAAAAUUUUGGAUGAGCAGGAUUGAUUACAGUUCUUCUGUAAUGUGAAUUUUGUAAAAAAUUCAUUUGCCCGCUGGGCAAGUGAAGAACAGAAUUCACUAGCCUAAUAGCAAAAUCUACUAGUUCCAGGCUAUGGAGCAUGACUUUCUUUGCCUGCUGCAUACGUACUUUUGAUAUUUUUAUUUGUCAACAUUCGACGGUAUGUGAUUAAACAUUUCCCAGAACCAAUUGUCAUGUCAGUGAACAUUAAAUAUUCUUUGACCAAUGAUUGAUUUAAUCAAUGAUCAUGAGACCACUGUCAUGUUUGAUCUGGACUGUAAAUUGUUUUUUUUUAGAAGCAUACCGGGAUCAAGAACCCAGUGCAGAUCACUCCAGUGGCAGUGAGAGCGACACUGAAAGCAGUCAGAGCAGAAGCCAGUCACCUAGCUCCAGUGGUAGCAGCAGCAGUGAGGAAGGCAGCAGGGAUGAGAAUGUCCGCAGGGUUGCUUCUGUGCCAGAUGCUCCUCAGGCAAACAGAAGUUCAGCACUCUGUUUAAGAAAUAUCUCUAUCAGAUCAGGAGGUAUAACAAGAAACAGUGUGAUUAGGUAGAAGUUACCUUAAACCUGGUCUUUGUCUUGUUUGAAUUAAAGAAGCUUUGUAUUCUUUACAUUUGUAGAUAGCAGUGUUCAUGAUGGCCUUUAUCAUGAGUUCAAGAAGCAUGGGGAUGUGUCUCGCAUUUAUGUGAAUGGACAAGGAUCUAGCAGAUAUGCUAUCAUACACUUCAGAAGGUGCUGAGAAUUCAACUUUAUUUUAAUCCAUACACCCAUGGAAUAAAUUUCAGGAUCCAGCUUCCAAUGCCAAAGAUCUAAAAUUGGGGCUAUCAAGCCUUUUUUUACCUCUUAAUCAUUGAGUCAAGAAAGGUUGUAGAAGUUUUUAAUUUUUUUUCUUUGUUGUAAUUUUGUCAGGCCUGAAGAUGCAGAGCGAGGACUACAAGUAUGUCAGGGAAAGAUGUUCCUUGGGGCUGCAAUGGAUUUACAGUAUUGGCAAGGUUGGGGAACGUAAUCUGUUAGAACAAAUUAUUACUAGUAAAAGCUCAAGCUUUAAGAGACAAUACCUCUAUUAAAGAGUUUAGGGAAGAAGUUGAUAGUCAUUAUUCUGGAUCCAAGGCAAACUCAGGGUGCGUUUGAUUGAGCGUAUUCCAGAAUAAGAAUAUACAAACGUUUUUUUUUUUUUUUUUUUUUUUUUUCUCAAAUCUCUUAUACCAUUGUCCAAUCUGUUAGUCUGGGACCAGUAGAUUUUCUUGCUGAGAAAGUAACUUUGUAAGCUUUCUUGCCUUAUGCAGGGGUUUCACUGAGGGCCAGGCACCGGCUGUGAACGUGACUUUGCCCGGCUGCUUAACUUCUCAAAGAACUUUUUUUUUAAUACAAGGAAUGAUCAAAAACCUGUUUCAAGUAAAUUACACAAUCGUGCCCUUUUCUUAAUGAGUCUUCUCAAAUGUAAAAUAUACUUUAUCGUCAAAUUUCGACUUUAUCACACUCAGCUUGAAAUCCCCUCAUUUGUUACAUGCUAAAAACAAGAAUUGCCCCGUAAUGUGUUGUGAAAAGAGCUGCACGCCAUAAAAGACCGUCUAGAAUGUCUCAAUAAGAUUAUCAACUAAUUUGUGUGGUGGAUAUUGGUAUCAAAUCAUGAUCAAAUUUUCUACAAAAGUUAUCAUUUUUUGAUAGUUGAAAGACAUUGUGUGCACCUUCAGAAUGCAGGAAAACUUAUCUCUGUAAUGGUAGAAUUUCAAAAAAGGGCCUUUCCAAUUCUUUGUCUGGGUGUCAAACCCAGUGGCAUUGCUGUUCAAAACCUUAAUGAAAUCCCUGCUUAUGGGCAAGGGGCCAGGCAAGUCAUCCACAUAUGAAAUUGUUUACUCAAUUUUCUCCUAAUGAUACCAAUACACAAUCAAGAGAAUAGGUUGUGAGAAUUAAAAAAGUAAUCACUUGAGGGAAAAUGCUUUGAUCUUUUAUCAAAUUCUCUCAACUUAUUCUUCAUAGAAAUGUAUAGAGACCAGUUUGGAGAAUUUGCAUGUGAAUGUUGGGGCUUAAUUGGUUUACUAAAACUACAUUUAACAAGAAGUAAUCCCAGGCAUUCAAAAUGCAAGAGUUGCUUGCCCAAAGGACAAACUGGAAUACCUUUUUUUUCUAGCCCUGAUGAUAACAGUGGUAAGAGUUUUUUGGCUUUUUCCUGUAGAUGAUCGAUACGAUUCCAGUGAACAUCGUCACCGUCACCGUUCACAUGCAGGGUCCAUGAUUGAUGAUGACUUUGAUCCAGGUUGCACCAGAACUCUCUUUGUAGGAAAUAUUGAAAAGACAACAACAUUUUCUGAUCUUAAGGAUGCUUUUGAACGAUACGGAGAAAUUGUGGUAAGUUUCCAUAAAGUAGUUUCGACUCAGAAUAGUUUCCUAUUAUGGUUAUUUUUUGUUGAGUCAUGAAGAACAUGAAAUUGAAGGGCAAACAUGGAUUCUUUUUAAAAAUUAGUUGCUUACUUUAAGGUCAGUGAAAAUAAGUGUUUGGCGGCUAGUGAAAAGUCAGAGUUUUUGAGUUCUGUUAAUGACAACUGGGUUGUUCUGUCUGCAAAUAUAUUGUCUUACAUGCUAAAUAAUUGUAGUAUUAUGGUUGGGAUCACACUGUUUAUAACGCUUAUUUGUUUUCUGGCUCAGAAAUAACAUACUUUCCUUAAUGACAGGAUGUUGAUAUCAAGAAACAAACUGGUAAUAAUCCGUAUGCAUUCAUCCAGUUUGUUGAACUGAGCAGUGCUAUUCAGGCUCGAAGGAGAAUGGACAGAGAGUUUGUGGGACGCAACAGAGUCAAGGUAUGCAUCUGCAUUUAAGACCACAAUUUUCUAGCACUUUGUUAUUUGAGGUACCAGACUUCUGAGUGAUAGGUAUGUUAUUCUAACACUCAACUCACGAUCUAAAAUUCACUGACAGAAAUGUGCUGACUUUGUUCUGACAUCCACACAUGGUUAGACAUUCUGGUCUUCUCUGGUAAGGAUGAAAAAACACCAGCUACCUCUCACAGUACUAUUACUGAUAUGAAUCUUGCAGAAUGUGAAAGAACUCACACUUCUGUUCCUAAAGAGUUGGAUACAUACAAUGAGGGACAAAAGUGUUGACACACUUCCGUAAAAUGGCCCCUUUUUGCAUAGUAUAUUUAUCCCCAUGUCUACCCCAACCCCUGAAAAAAUAAAACUUUGGCGCCUCAAGUCCUUGAAUUCAGACAACAUUGAUUCGGGGUGAAAUUUAAGCCAUUUAAAAGGAAAGAAAUAAUAAAUGAAUUAAAUGUUUGUUAAAAGCAGCCGUUUUAAACAAUUGUGUCAACUACUUUAUAUUGUCUGAAAUAUGUAUCUGUGUUUUCCGGCUUUUUUGAUGCUGAAUUUUCGUUUUUGAACUGAAUCAUUGUUUGUUUUAAACAAAUAUUUGUAAAGUUUUCUUUUGUGUAAAUUCAAUGAUGAAUCUGUUCCUCUUGCAUGGCAAGACAUUUGUACAGUUCUGGCAUAAGGAUCUAAUGUUUUUACAAGUAUUAUCAUUCAUUGAAAAAGGAUGGAAACCAUUUUGAAAACUCAGGUGGGAGAAACUGGGGAGAGCCCAAACUACUUCCGGCGGGGGUUGACUUACACCCAGGCCAAGAAACCUCGAAGACCAUUCUAUACGCCAUGAACAGAACUCUUUGAGUGCCACCUACAAAUAACGUUACAUCACUGUACAAAACUUUAAAUCCCCAAUCUGUUUACUUGUUUAUAAUAUUAUCAUUCAAGACAAAGUACCAACGUAAACCAGCAAUCUAAUUUGUUGAAACAUCAGCGCCAUUGAUCGAUGUUUUGGUAAAUGCAGUUAGUCACCGAAUCGCGAUAAAUGUAUAUUUUACAUUCUCCUCUGAAUACGAAGAUUCCACUUGUCGUGAUAAAUUCAAGUGUUAGUACUGCUUUUUCGUGAUUAGAAAACCAUAUAUAGAUAUUUAUUGGGAUAACUAAGAAUAACUUGAUACUGAUAUACGAGAAUCAACAAUGAGUGGAAGUUAUUCAGGCAAGUUUCAUUUAUUUAGCAAUGCAGUCCAAACAGUAUUUUUGUCAUCAACUUUGAAGUAAGAAACGUUUAUUUAGGCCAGAAGUAUUGUUAUUGUUAUUGUUGAUUCAAGUUUUAAUUUACGUAUGUGAGUGGUUUCAAUGCCAAUGAUUUAGCUAAAGAAAGAUUCCUUUCUUAGCAAGUAGACGGAUAAAGUGAAGAACAAAUGUAUAUUCACGUAAUCGUUAUCUUUUCAGAUCAGAUUUGUUUCAAUGAUAUCACUGCAAAUACAUGUUCCGGGUUUCAACAUCCGACUUUGUAGUAAAUUGUUCUGGUUACCUCUCAUAAAUGUCUUUGCCUGUUUUUCUAUCUUGUACUGCACGUUUACAACCCAGUAGGCACAAUUUUGUAACCAUGGAGUGUUAAAAACACACAUUUAUUUCCCCUUUUUGCAUAGUAGAUAUACGUUCCCCAGUAGCUCCCUUCCAAAAUAAGUUGAAUUUGAAGUGUCCUUGUUUUAAUGAAACGACAAUUUUGAUUCGGGGGAGAAAUUUUCCAUUGGCGAAAGAUUUAAAAAUGAAUUAAAUGUUUGUUAAAAGCAGCCGUUUAAACAAGUUGAAAAAAUUUUGUCCUUGGGCGCCCCUGCAGUGUGGUAAACCUUAAGCACGUGUGCGUCUGUGACCAUGUACUGUAGCAGGCUCACACAGCUUUCUUGCUUCCCCAUAACUUGCUUCAUCAAAGAAAGUGAUAAUGAUGGCCCUGUGUAAAGUGAACACCCAGUUUUCUUGUGGGUCUCUGGUUAUCGAGAGUCCCUGAAAUGUUGUAUUGUAUUUUAUAUUAUAUUUAUAUUUUUAUAUUAUAUUUUAUGUGUAGGUUGGUUUUGGCAAAGUAUCGCCCAUCAACACCAUCUGGGUCGGAGGGGUGGGUGGAUUGAGUGAGCAGCAGAUAGAGCGACAUUUUGGACGAUACGGACAUGUUACUAGAGUUGUGGUGAAUCGCCCCAGGGAACAAGCCUUGGUCAGUUUUGAUAGUGUGGAGUCUGCUAGCAUUGCACAGGCAGAGAUGAAGGGCAGAACUAUGUUUGGACGGCGUGUCAGGGUAAGCAAGCAUAGCUCUAAGCUGGAAGCCUCUUAUUUCUAACGAUGUGCUACACAUGUACACAUGACUCACAUCAGUGGGAAAAAGUUCACAGGAAGAAUAUUGAAUAUUGAAUGUCACAUUUCAGGACUUCUUUCUUCACAUAGUGGUGCAUAAUCGCUGGCUUUUUAUUGAUUGCCACUUUAAACACUGAUUUUUAUACACAUCACACAUUUUAAUUUUGAAACAGUUUGAAAGGUUUAUUGAACAGAACUUUGCAGCUGUUUCUAUCACUAUAUUCUCAGUGAAGUUCAUUCAUUCCUUACUUCUCUUUGCACAGGUUGAAUUUGUCAGCCGUGACAGUCGGCAACUAUUCUUUGAUGCAUUACAGCGCACUGGUUCCUCAGAUGGUAGCAGCCGGAGAUAUGAACCUUCCUCCCCAAGGUCGCGUGGCCGAGGGGGUGGGUAUUAUGAUAACCGCUGGGAUAGAGGAAGGGGAGGUCGUGGCAGCAUGAGACGUGACAUGUCAAACCACCGUCCGUGGCACAGGGGAGAGUAUGACUACGCCGAUAGCAGAGAGGGGUACCAGCAGAGAGGUUCUUCCGUUACCGUGGGCCUUAUGAGGGCGGAGGGUAUGAGUCAGCUGAUGAUUAUGAUCAAGAGCUUCGUGAUUAUAACUAUAGUCGGCAAAGAGAAAGAGAGAAAGAGCAAGGUCGGCACAGACGUGAUAGAGGUGGGCGCGAUCGGGAUAGGGAGGAGGCAAGCUACAGUGGCAGUGAGAGGUAUUUUCCUGAGGGUCAUGAGGGCUGGCGGGAUGACAGGAGCAGUUCAGGUUCAUAUGAAGAUUCCCGUGAUCGCAAAGAACCUCGACCGCCGGAUUUUCCUGAAGAACACGAUCGUGAGCGUUACAGUGCGGAUGAAGACCGAGCCUCAAUUCAUGGUAAGCCCCCUAGCCGUGACGUUGGGCAGGAUGAGAAAGGCGCCAAGAGGAAAGAGAAGAAGAAGAGAAGACCUCGUUCACCUUCUCCUGAGGAUGAGCGAGUGGAGGAGAAAGAGAUGCUCAGUGCAGGAGAGGAUGUCAUCAAUGAAAAGAGAGCUUUUGAUCAGAAGAAGAAGAAAGAAAGAGUUGCAGAUACUAAGCUUGCAGUGAAGAGUAAAGAUGGAGAGCAUAAAGUGGACAGGGAGCAUUUGGAAAACAAUGGUACUAAGAGUGAAGAACUUCCAGCUCAAGAACGCAGUGAUCAAAUGCCGGCUCCUGCAUCACCUCCUCCACCCGCUAAGGUCAGUAAAAAGAAGGAGAAAAAGGAGAAGCGUAAGCGACACAAACGGAUUUUCUCGCUGAGUGAAGAGGAAGAAGAAAGGGAGGUAGAAGAAAAAGCUGCUAGGUUAGAGGAAGCUGCCAUUCGGGGUGGGGGUGACUUGACAGCAUCAGGGGUUAAACAGAGGGCUCAUUCUGAUGCUGACUUACAGAGACUUGAAAAAAGAGAUAUCCACUCUGCACCUGAGAGUAGUAGGCUUGAUCAAGCUGAUCUGAAAGAGAAACCCAGGCGUCAUUCUGCCGAUGAACGAUUGCCCAAAGAAGAAAGAGAAAUGUCUCGAGACGCAGGCAGUCGUUCACCCCGUAAUAAAACACACAGAGACGAGAGAAGAAGAGACUGGGAGAAUAAAGAUGUUACAAAACCAAAACGACGACGCACAUCCAACAGUGAAUCACCCCCUCCUCCUCCACCCCCACCCCCUCCUCGUGAGGCUGGAGAAGCCUUCCCUCCCCAGGUGGAUGUGCUACCAAGAGUGGUUCCCCCUCAAUCAGAUGGGCACAACACUCAAGUAAUCCGACCUCCUUAUGAUGUUGCUCCAGCGCCCGGUCAUUACGAGUCACAAGUUUACGAUGCGAACCGUGGUGUUCCUGUGGGAGCUUCUCCUGCCACACUCAGUCCGAUCCCACCAGUUGGUAUAAGUCUAAACCCUGCAGUUGCAGGUCCUCCUCCAGGAAGCAUUGGUACUCCACCUUUGGCAGUUCAUUCACCCAGUGUUCCCAUGGGCUCAGCUCCAUUACCAGCUUUGGCAUCUCCACAGGGGGCAGUACCCCCUCCUCCUCCUCCACACUCAGAGUAUAACAGCACGCCACCCAUCCCACAACCGUCCAACACAGACACCCUCCUAGACCUGCUGAGGCGGUAUCCAGUAGUAUGGCAGGGCUUGCUAGCACUAAAGAAUGAUUCUGCUGCAGUCCAGAUGCAUUAUCUGGCUGGUAAUGGUCACUUGGCUGAGGUUUCAUUACCCCAGGCACCUGCUAAUGGGAUAGGAAGUGUGCCACCACCAAUCCGGAUCGCCCAGAGAAUGAGACUGGAGCCAUCUCAGCUGGAGGGGGUCAUCCGCAGAAUGCAGGUAGGUGCUAACCUGUCUAGACAGUCUAUUCUCUCUUUUGGGACAGCACUUAGUGUUUGUAUUACACAGCAGGCUGCAGCAGUGUUAGUUUGUUAUAGAGUUGGAAAAAUGCCUUAUUGACUGCAGGGAACCAGGGCUGAAAAUUAUUUUCGGACAGUGGCCAGACGUGAAAGACCAAAGAAAGUUUUGCUCAGUCAAAUCUUGUCUCUGACCGGUCAAUAUAUUGGGAAAAAAGUUGACUUAUCUCUGUGUAAUUUUCUAUUUGUAGAUGUGAUUGUAUUUUAUCAAAGAGACAAAAUCUAAGAUUUAUAGUGAGUAGAGUGCAUGGGUGACUGGUCGACAUGACCAACGAGUGAAGUUUUGGGCAGGUCAAAUCUCCCUACUGAUCAGACAUUGUCUGUUGACUGGCCAUUAUUUUGAGCCCUGGGACCAGUUAUACAUUUCAUUUAAGCGUUAAUUAUGCAACAUUCAGUUGCUUCCUUUCCAUGGAUGAUUGAGAUUAGUUUUUUUGCCACAGGUUCUUAAUAUGCAUCAAUAGUUGUAAGUUUUCAUGGGAAAAAAAAAAGCAGACUACAUAGCUUGAUGCCAUAAUUUACUUAACUAAGUAUUUUGUGCUGAUUCUUUCAACAGUCUGACAAGGAUCACUGUUUGUUGCUGGCACUGCCAUGUGGUAGAGAUCCUCUUGAUGUUCAUGCACAAACACGUGCAUUGAAGAGUGGUUUUAUAAACUACUUGCAGCAGAAACAGGCUGCCGGGAUCAUCAAUGUUGCUAGGCCAGGGAGCACUCAGGUAAUAAACUAAGAUGUUUAUGCAAACUUAUAGAUAGUUCAUUUCUUUUUUUGUCACUCGGGAAAAAUGAAUAGGCAAUUUGCGCUGUCUUUACUUGUACAGGGCCAUAUCAAGGUGAGGUGAAAAAAAAAAUAAAGUGCAUGAAUUUUGAUAGCAGUUUUUGUAUGAACUAAUUUUCAUAAGCGAUAAGGUAUAUUAUAUGGUAUGUUGAUCUGUACUAAUCAUACUGAUCGCAAACUCGACACAGUCUGUGAAAUUCAUUUUGUUACUGGGACUUCAAACAUUUUCAUGGCAUGAGAGGGUACGUAAGUUUUGUUUGAUGAUCCUUAGAGUCCUUAAGAAUGCAGCAGUAUUGGACAUGACUAGAUAAUAACAAUGAGGUUGGAAGUAGAAUGAACAACAUUCUUGUUCCCAGUAAUAGUAAAAUAUACAUUAAAAGAACCUCAUCCAGGAUAUAAUGAAAGCCUUGUUAUGCAGGUUGAAUAUUUUUUCCUUGCUGCAGUCAACAAGUGGCACCUCGAUAAACAGCUGGACGUUUGGUACUAUUUUUCUUCUAUUUUCCAUUCAAAGGGCCGGGCCACACUCAUAGUAGCAGAGAAAAAUCCCCGCCAGGAUAAGCUCAACCCUAUUAUGCAUGCAUCUGUUAUUUUUACUUUCUUAUAUCACUGGGUUCAAACUGCACAAAAAUAGAGGUGCUUUUAUGAGUGAUAUUUCUUGUUCAUGCCAUUGUCUGUUUCUCCUCACAGCCAAGCUAUGUGCUUCAUAUCUUCCCACCGUGUGAUUUUGCCCAGGAGCACUUGGCACGAGUUUCUCCAGAUCUCCUAGACAGUGCAGCUGACAGUGGGCACCUUAUGGUAGUGGUGGCAUCCGUGUAGAUGAGCAAGAACCUGAAGAGGAAUGAUGAAGUAGCAGUAGUUGUAAAUUGAAACUUCAGUUCAAGAACCUGAAGAGGAAUGAUGAAGUAGCAGUAGUUGUAAAUUGAAACUUCAGUUCAAGAACCUGAAGAGGAAUGAUGAAGUAGCAGUAGUUGUAAAUUGAAACUUCAGUUCAAGAACCUGAAGAGGAAUGAUGAAGUAGCAGUAGUUGUAAAUUGAAACUUCAGAGUGCUGAAGUUGACAAUCAGUAGAACUAGAAUAAAAGCUGAGUGGUGCUUCAUUGUGAUCUGCACAUCUACUUGGAAUAGUCAAGAACCUUGCAAGGUUUAACACUGAGAUGAAGUCUUGGUGAAGAAGAUCUGUCAUUUAGAUCACAGAACAUCAAUCCUAGAAGUAGAAGUUCAAAGACAUUUUGUUGACAGAAUGCUUGAGUCAUGGAUAAUGUCCAGACAUAACUCAGUGAACCAAAGUUGGACAAGUUGCUCGCAAAUAUUGUGUACUCAACCUUUCAUGGUGGAGCAAGUUUGGCAGCUAGAACAUUCAAUAAUAAUCAUUAUAAAUGCUGUGUGCAGUUAAAUUGAAUAGAAAUAAUAAUUAUUUUGUUAGCCCUUAAGUAGUAUGUUUUUAAAUUUUAUUUGUAUAAACAAUGCCAUUGUUAUGGGUUUCACACAGGGAUCCUUAAGUACAUAAACAAUAGCCCAAGGCUGAACAUAAAAUUUCUUUUGUCAGAACCUGUAGAUGGCUGGAUUUAAAUAUAAAUCAACAGGUUGGCUGUCUUCAGUGUAUUCUGAUCCAGCUUGAUGGCCGAGUUCCAUUCAACUGUAUGUCAGGGAAAUUUUUUCAAUCUCGCAUGCACAGGGUUCCCAUGUAGAGUAUUUCCAAGAGGUUAUCUUGCUGGGCCCAGUUGUUUGAAGGUGGAUAGCACUAUCCAGUGGAUUGCAAUAAUAAGCAAUUAUUGGAUGAGGUUUUUGUGAUAUCCGGAAUAAUCAAGGUCGAG